ACCUCCUACAGAGCAGCAGCAGACUGUGCAGACCAAACUCCAGCUGGAAAAGUGAAGAAAACAAACUUUUUUUACUUUCUGACUCUGAGCUAUGGAACCAGAGAAGAAGAGUGAGCGGGUCCAGGUCAUGGUCCGGGUCCAGACUGUGGAGGACGGACUGUAACUUCAGCCUGGAUUCUUCUUCUCUUGCUGUUUUAACUCAAACCAGAUGUCCCUGUGCCAGACUCCACCGCCGGUUCUGUUGUUUUGAACUUCCCUCUGACGCCACAAAAAACCUCAUUCACUCUCCGGAUGAUUUCCACUCUGCAGUUUGGAGGCUGCUGUUGUUCAGUUUAACGGAUCUGUUGUUGUUUUUUAUUUCCACGUUCACUGAUUCUUCUGACGGUCCCGUUACGUGAGUUUGGAGUUUCAUCGGGACGCAGGAUUUGAAGCAGAGACGAGAGGGAAUAAACCAGGAGGGUAAUCUGGAGGAGUCAGGGAUAAAGUGUUGUUCCUCGAGGUUUCAGAUGCGUCUCUGUGAUUAAAACCAACAUGAACUCAGCGAACAGCUCUGCAGACGCAGUUCGGCUGUUCUGAAGCGAAGUUCGCUCGCCUGUUCGCUGCGCGUCGUGGCUCCUUCUGCAGGCUGCGCGCACAGCAUCCGGAGGAAGGAUUCAUAGAGCUUCUAAAAAGAGUCGAAUGUUUUCAAAGUCAUGUGAGUCCGUGCUGUAAGAAGUUCUCUGGAGAACUCGAGUUAACUCUUUAACAGAGUGGCACAGAUAUGAACAUUUCUCCUCAAAGACACGUGCAGGAAUGUCAUCCCUGAGCAGAUGAAGAUGAGGUGUGAAGGAAGGAGAACCUCUCUGUAAUGUAAAGUGAACCUCCUCCUCCUCCUCAUGCGGAGCCUCCUGGCGUCUCUCCUGCGGGAGGCCGGGAUGCUGCUCCCCCGCCGCUCCUGCUCGGGGCCGCUGCUGCUGCUCGGGGUCGCCGUGUGCCUCUUCUACCAGACCCUGAUGGUGGCCCGGAACCGGCUCCGCUCCGGACCGCAGCAGCCCGCAGGAGAUGUCCGGAGCAGGAGGCCGACAGAGGAGGUGCUGAUGGAGAAGACCCGGAGGUUCAUCUGUACUCUGGAGGCUGUGCAGAGAGACGCUCAGGUCCAGGUCCGGUCUGAGUCGCCCCCCCGUCGGCGUAGGGUCGUGGUUCUGACGGGUCGUCACUCGAGCUCUGACACCGAGAUCCAGCUGUACCAACGAGUCCUGCAGCAGCUCGACUACCAGGUCCAGAGAUCACGCUACGCCGAGACGAGCAGCUCGCUACGACUAAACACCGGUGUGGGUGGGUGGAGCCUGUUACUGUGUCUCAGCUCCGCAGAGAGCAGCUGUCUGAGGAGGAUCUCCUUCUCUCGCCUGCAGCUCCAUCAGACGGUGAACCUGCUUCCUGAGCUGAUGGAGGCGUUCUCCGAUGCAGGGGCAGGCCUCUGUCACUUCCUCGCUCGCUCGUACCUGACAGGGUCAGAAUUACCCAUGAGGCCUCACUCCUGUGGAUUGACCAAUCAGAAGCUGCAGGUUCCUCAGGAGGUUGUGGACAGUGACUCACCUGUCGAAGCCCCACCUCCUGCUCUGGUUGCCAUGGUGAAUGUUUACGUCCUGGUGACAUCAGUGAACCCGCUCAUUUCCUUCAUGCAUGCCAUCAGCGUUGUGAUGACCAAUCAGGAGCAGAGGGGGCGGGCCUUAAAGCUCAGCGACUUCCUGCUGCAGCAGUUAGGACCAAACACUUCCCAUGAUGCUUUGGGGCAGGUGAAGAGGGUGAUAGGUGAGGUGCUGCAGGCGGCCCUGUCGACCAAUCAGGAGAAAGAAACACUCAACAGGUGUGUGUUGUGCUACCAGCUGAUGACCUUCACUCUGCAGUUCAGCGGCUCGGUCACACCUGUCGUGGUCCAGGUAGACGUUGAUCUGAAUGUUUCUUCUCUGAGUGAUGACACCUUUGACAGACAGAUCACCAAAGACCUGAUCCUGGAGGACACACUGCACUUCCUGCUGUCCUCACACACACACCUGUCCUCAGAGACGCAGACAGAAGGGAGACAGUACGGUGGCUGCAGAGGGACACUGGGCGUCUGUUUGACAGAAGAAGAGUUUCUUCUUCUUCUACAGUUUCAGCAGCAGAUUAAAACACCCUCAGCUUUUCACCUGCUGUACCCCAGCCUCUCCUCCACCUCCUCCUCCUCCUCUUCCUCCUCCUCCUCCUCCUCCUCCUCUUCCUCCUCUUCCUCCUCCUCCCCGCCUCCUCCUCUCAGCGUCUCAGAUCUUCUGAUAAGUAUCGUUCGACUCUACGAGCUCCAGAGAAAUCAAAGCCUCGGAACUGAUGAGGCAGAAAAUCCGACCAAUCAGGAGUCAGCUCUGUCGACUUUGCAUGACGAAGGCUCCUGUGUGGACCCUCACCUGAGACAGAUCUACACGGACCCGCCCCUCACUCUGACUCCGCCCUUUAACCCCACCUUGAAGGAGUAUCGUGCCGAGGUGACCUUUGACACAGUGACCGUUAGAAUCCGUCCUGAGCCCGUCAGCUCUGCGUGUCGGGUCCACCUUGAUGAGCACGGAGGGCCCAGGAUGGCGAACUACCCGGUCGGCCUCGGCAACAGCCGGAUCAGCAUCCUGGUGACAGACGAUGCUGAGACGGAGCCCGUCGUCAUGACGAUCUACACCGUGCAUGUGUACCGUGAAAGCCAGCCCAGUCUGCCCAUGUUCGGAGAUCAUGUGACCUGCAGCUUCCUGCAGGACUGUGGUCUGAGGGUCGAGCCGAGUCGCUCCUGUGGUCUGCAGCCGUUCAUCCAGUCUACGAGUCCACCUGUAACCUGCAGCUCAGGUCACCAACCAGGUCGGUGGGUGGUUCCUUGUCUCAGCUGUUCUGACAACAGGACAUGUGAUUGGAGGGAGGUUGCCUGGCAACCAGACGGCUGUUAUCACCCGUUGGUUGAGCGCCCCCUACUGCAGGACUGCAUGACAGACAGGAAGGUGAUGUUUAUUGGUGACUCAACCAAUCGGGGGAUGAUGUACUACCUGCUGGAGCGGGUGAACUCGAGUCUGGAGGACUGGGGGAAGGCUCACGACCUGCUGCUGUACAGGAACCUGAACGGUGGGCGGAGCCAAGUGAGCUAUUCGUACUAUCCUCAGUUCUGGUUGGAGAAGAGCCACAGGCCCACCUUCAGACAGGCUCUGCUGCAGGUCAUCCACAGGUCACGACCUCUGGUGAACUCCAACAUGACCGUCCUGGUGGUGGGCGGAGUCCAGUGGCUCAACACGGAUCACCUGAGGACGGUCAAGGAAGUGCUGAACAGAGAGUCUCUGAGUGAUAUCCUGGUUGUGGUGAAAUCUUUGGGGAUGGGUUUCCAUCUUCCCGUUGACGGGAUCCGCUCUCUCAGUCUGAAAGAAAUUCAGCAGCGCUACAGAGAGAACAGUGACAUCAUCACCACAGCAAAGCAUCAUGGGUACGAGGUGAUCGACACAUUCAGCAUCACGAUGGGUCGGUACAAAGAGUUCCUGCAGGGACGGUGUGCCUGCCACUUUCAUGAGGUGGAGAAGGUCGAGUCCUCCGGCUUCUCAGAAAACACAACAAGCUCAACAAACAGAAGCAGAUCCACAGGGACUGCACUCAGCAGCCAUUCAGCAGAGCUGGACACGCUCCAGGAGGCGUGGCCUAAGGCCUCAUCCUAUCACGUGAGAGGACCAGUGAACCAGGUUUACUCUGAGAUCCUGCUGAGCCGCCUGUGUCCCAAAACCAGAAACUGAACGUCUGUGUGUGUGUGUGUGUGUGUGUGUGUGUGUGUGUGUGUGUGGACUGUCUCCUCUGCAGCAGAGUGAAAACAUGAAGGAGAAUAGAAAAAGACUGUCCAAGAGAUCACAGAGGUGUGACUUAUUAAAAUGAUUAUUUUUGUAUUUUUAAGGCCCAAGCUGAAACAUUCACUGUUCUAAUCACUAAGAGAGAGAAAACAACGUCAUGCACGAGCUUCAGCUACAUCUUCUUAUGUGCAGAUUUUAAAUGAACUCAAACUUGUUUCAUAAUCUCAACAGAAACUCUUCCCUGUUUUUAUCAAUGAACCAUCAGCUGCUCACUGCUCACUAAUAGGAUCUGAACCCACUGACUUUACUGCCCUUCAGCUCUACUUAUAACCUGCCUGUUAGCUGCAAGUGAAGCUAGUUAUUAAAGUUAGCUUCAAAGGAAACCCAGCUGCUUUCUACUCUUCAUCAGCUCGUCUAUAAUAUGUACUAGCUAGGUUAUAAUGUGAACUAACCAGUUUAUAAUGUGUAUUAUUUUAUAAUGCAUGCCAUAAUUCUGUGUACUAAGUAGUUUAUUUUGUGGAAUAACUAGUUAAUUGUAUGUAUUAGCCAGGUUAAAAUAUAAGCUAACUUGUUUAUGUGUAUUAUUUUAUCGUUAGCGUUAACUACUCUAUACUAAAUUAGUUUAUAAUGUGAACUUAUUAUAACUUAUACUAUAUUACGUGCAAAUCAGUGUGUAAUGGGCAUUUUGUAGGCUACUAACUAGCUUCUUUUGCAUACACGGUAUUUAUCUGUAAUGUGUACUAAUUAGCGCACAAGCUAGUUUAUAUUGUACAUUAGCUGUUACCUUGCUAUAGAUAAUUAAUUAUGCACACAGUUUAAUGAGUGACUGAGCUUCAGUGUUUUGUGCAGCUGAUGUUUUUUAUCGUACAUCAAAUGUUUGGGCAUUAAUGAGCUAGUUUGCUAGCUGGCUAGUUUAGCCUGCCAUGCUAAUAAGUAUUAAAGUAGUAAUAAGUAGCUUUAAUGGCUCCACCAGUUUCUAAGGUGCAGUGAGUAGUUUCAGAGCACAUUUAUUAGCCGUGAUAAACUUUUCUGGUGUGAACAAACUAUUUAUUUUGAGCUCACCAGAGAUAUUCACCGUAUAGUUUUAGUUUUCUGUAUCAGUGCUCCGUCACAUCAGAUGUUUAUAUCUCAUAUUUGAACUUUAAUGUCGGACUGAAGCUGUUCUCUCUCUCUCUCUCAACCUGUAUGUCUCUUUGCAUAUAUAAUACAGAUAUAUGUAUAUUUAUAUACCUCAGUCGUACUAUUGUGUAUAUCAGAUGAUGUAAACCAAAGACUCCAUGAUAACUGAUUAUCAUGAGGAAGAAACGUCUUAUUUGUUCCUCUGCUUGUAUUUUCUAUAUUUUUCUACAGA